AGACCAACCAACCCAUUCAACUAACCAUCAAAGAGGGUAGGCUGCGGGCCUUUUCUCCAGCUACCAUUCUUUAUUUGCCUAAUACAGCAGAUAGCCGUUUGGCGUCUUCUGCUAUCUUUUCUUAUUAAUAUCAGUACUAAAGCGCCUCCAGUGACCCAACAGCAACCUCCCAAGGUCUCUUCAUUUAAUUCAUUCCGACAGGUGACUUCGAUACAUUCUGUGCCCUCUCUCUCCUCUCUCUCUCUCUCUCUCUCUCUUCAGUCUUCACUUCAAAUUAAUGGCUGACUCCGAACACUCUUCUUCUGAUGACAUUACUGUGAAUUCUCGAGAGGAAACCAGCGAGGAAUCAAGGGCUGAUUUCUCAGAAGAUGAGGAAACACUGAUAAUUAGGAUGUAUAACCUGGUUGGAGAGAGAUGGUCGCUAAUUGCUGGAAGAAUCCCUGGAAGAACAGCAGAGGAAAUUGAGCAGUACUGGAAUUCUAGAUAUUCAACAAGUGAAUGAAACCCUAGUUGAAGAUUUCUCGACAAAUACGAGAGGGUUUUGGAGUCUAAAGGCAGAUUGCAUGGCAAGGUUUGGGAUUUGGCUGAGUGUUAUUUUGGAUUGGGGAGAGAAAAAUAAAAGCUGUGUUCAGUAUUACAUGUUCCCAUCCAGUACCCAUGCAGCUGCUUUUCUCUUCUGUUGUGAUGUUUGAUGUUUGGUGUUUGGCUAUUUGUUUUCUUCCCGUGACUUAUUGUGAAUGUAAACAUGCUCAUGUGAGUCUUAAAGGUACAGGCUUCCUGUAAUUUCAUUUGAUUUGUUUUCUUUGGAACUACUCUCAAGGAUGGCACAUCUGCAUUGUCAGCCUCCAUUGUACUUGUCAACUUAAAUUUCCUAUGGUGAUCAUCAUCUUCAAAAUCAA